ACACGGUCGCUCGUUAAUCCGUAACACCGGAACGUUGUUCGCAGGCGUUGUUUCCAGAGGGGGGACAUUUCAGAGGCAACUGCUGCCUGCUGAAAAAGUUCCGUCCAGUUCUUGUUGUCGAACUUUACGGUCGGUUCGGCUCGUGACGGACCGUCUUUAACCGUUUUUAACUCUUACCUGCAGGCACAGGUGCUGGCGUUUAGCGGUAACCAUGGUUACUUUUAUCUAGCGCCCCGCUGGGUGCAAUGACAUUGACAGCUGAGGGCAGCGUGUCUGUUCACGUCCUGUUAUAACUUCACUGUGGAGGAGCUGCAGCACGGAGCAGGAGGAGCAUGGCUUUACUCACCUGUGUUCACCUGUUCAGGAGCUCCCGACCUGCACACCUGACCCGAACCCUCCAGGUGUGCAGACAAGCCGCGAGGAAGCCUCCUCAGGUCAGAGCUCUGUUUCCCUGCAGCAAUGCAAGGACGGCUUGUUUCCAGACUAGUCCCAAAAGAACCACUUCACCCCUACAUCCUGGUCCUGGUCCUGGUUCUGGUCCUGGUUCUGUUCACUUCCACACCUCAGCCUCUGCGCGCGCCCUGCCUGCUCCUCUCAUAUGGCUGGUGAUCAAACCUCUGCAGAAGCUCGUGGCCAUAAUACUAGGCAGGAGUCUCAGGAAGUGGUGGGUGGCUCUACCAGCCAACCGCCGGCAGCUCAUGCGCGAACGGACCUGGCAGCGUCGCUGGCAUCUGGCAGCGGGGGCAGGUGUUGCUAUGGUGAUGGCAGCCCUCUGUCUCCUGACCCACCUGGAUGAGUCUCCAGUGACGGGACGGACCCGGCUCUUAGUGUUCAGCCGAGAGAACUACAUGGAGCUGGCAGCUCAGACUUCAGAGAUGUACAUGGAGGAGUUUGCAGAGCUGCUGGUUCCAGUCACCGACCCUCGUCACCAGGUGGUGGAGCGCGUUGUGCAGCACCUGGCACAGAGAAACAAGGACAUCCCUGAAGUGUCUGAUGUCACCUGGACUGUCCAUGUGGUGCAAAGCCCCAAUGUCAACGCCUUUGUCCUGCCGAACGGGCAAGUGUUCAUGUUCACAGGAAUGCUGGACACCGUUGCAGAUGUUCACCAGCUCACCAUUAUCCUGGGACACGAGAUGGCUCACGCUUUAUUGGGACACUCUGCAGAACAGGCCAGUCUGUCUCAUGUCGUGGACCUCCUGUCCCUUAUUCUGCUGACAGCCAUCUGGGCCGUGUGUCCUCGAGACAGCCUGGCACUGCUGGGACAGUGGGUACAAGAAAAACUUUCUCAGUUGAUGUUCAGCCGUCCCUACAGUAGAAAACUGGAAGCUGAGGCCGAUAAAGUCGGAUUGCAGUUGGCUGCUAAGGCCUGUGCAGAUGUGCGAGCAGGACCCGUAUUCUGGCAACAAAUGGAAAUCAGAGACCAGCUGAGUGGAGAGCCCACCUUCCCCGAGUGGCUGUCCACACACCCGUCACACAGGAACAGAUUCACUCAGCUGGAUCGCCUCAUACCUGAGGCUCUGGAGUUAAGGGAGAGCUGCGUCUGCCCUGCUCUACCUGCUACUGACCCUCGUGCCGUCUUCUCCAAGAGCGUCCGCGUGCUGCUGGAAAACGCAGAGAACCAGGGGAAAGGAGGGCAAGAAGGGGCACUCAAGCACCACCUGCCCCACAGCCCAGCCUCACUCCCCACCGGACUGCCUGCAGCACUGCUAGCCCAAACCGCCCUCCCUCCUUCCCCAAAUGCGGAUAAAGAAAGUACAGACCCGGUCCCACUCGUAGCUUCAGAGUUGGCUGUUGCUGCCCCCGUUCUUGCUCCUUCUGAGGGGUCCCAGCACACAGUGCAAAGCACCAGCUGACAGGAGUAUUAAAUCCUUAUAAACUCUAACAAAGCUCUAGUUUUUACAGACUGGAUUUGGUGAAUGGAUGAUUGGUGUAUUGGUAAGGAAGCAUAAUCACCACCAAGCUAUUUACUGCAGCUAAGAGACGUUUUUUUUUUUUAAUCUAUUGUAAAUUUCAGAACACAGGUACACAGGAGGUAAAGGGGUAAAGUUCUCACCCACCAUCACUGGAUUAGUCCUUUUCGCUACACUGGAAAAUAAGUGGCUGGGGUCUAAAUGGGAAUAAAACUGAUGGAACAAGUCAGCAGAAAUAUUCAAGGCCUCUCCGAACCUUUCCCUGUACUUCAGCAGCCUGCUGAUUGAAGUAAAGAGAUUGUUAACCAAGUCUGGUGACUACAAAGAUGCCACAUUAAUUAGAUAACCUCGAACAUGGAAAUGCUGAAUGAAUCUUAGUAACGCUUCCAUACAUUUCAAGAUUAAUAUAUGCAUUAUUCAUCGAUACACGGUAACAGACGAGAGUAAGCACUUUAUGUGCGCAUGUUGGAGGCUUUGACCAUGGCAGGCAGAGGACAUCUACAUUCUCAUUAUGACUACUGCAUUCUCAUGCCACACACACACACACACACACACAGCACUUUAUGCAUUCUCUAGCCUGAGGGACUUAAUGGUGUAAAUUUAUGCCGGGUUGUUUGCAGGUUUUAAAACACAGCCUUUGGCACGGGAAUGCCAAUAUCCUCCGUCAAGCUUUGAGAAAUCUUUCAUGGGAUUUUCUUUAAAAAAUCUUAUUUAACAAGGCAAGCUGACUUAGAAAACAUCAGCAUUUACAGGAAGCAGCCCACAGGAGCAGUAUGACAAAGGGAGGUCAGUUAUGGUUCAUAUGUUGGUAAUCUUUGGUUAAAACAAAGCGGCACACUUGGUUUAACUGUGAAAUAAAAGUGCUGCAGUGUUUUCAUUUGGGAUGAAUCCUUUUUUAUUUGUGUCAUGCAUUUGAGGCGCUGGGUCUGUAUCAGCUUACAAAACAUCAGUAAGAAGUCUAUACACGUGCUGUGGAAGCUUUGUUUUGUUGCCAAUGGGGUAGGUCUAUAUUAAGAGUAUUUGUCUAUAUUAGAAUAAGUGGCCUGUGAUAGGGUUUGCGCAAAGCUGUGCGGAAAAUAAGCCAAGGGAAUAUUGGUUUUUGCAUAUCAAUAACUCGGUAGGAACGUGCUCUGUUUGCAA